AUGGACGAUUACUUGAUACCUUGUGUGGUGAAGCCAGCCGUUUUCCUCACCGUUUCAGGACAGAGGGGCAGGGCUCGGCAGGGUCCAGGUUCAGUACCAGACUCUGGGAAUGAGACCAGACCAUCAGGUUGUCAGGUGGUGGACGUGGAAUUUCGUUCCUCCAUUCCAGAGGUCGUAGGGUGCAUCUCGUUCCAAAACUACUACACUCAUACCCUCACACUCAGGUACUGUAACCUGCUCUCCGAACAGAUUUCAAAUUCAAAAUCUGACCACCCAACUCAAAAGGAAUGGAGAACAGGAAUAGAGAGGGUUCAACUGAUGCCAAACUGCCACUGUGAACGAGGCAGCCAGAGCUUGGUUGUCCUAAAUAAAGCCCACUUCCUAGCCUCGCUGGAGAAUGUAAUUAGUUUCCGUCUCAUUCUGAGACAGCCGUCUCCGGAAUGGAACCAGUUUGGUAUCAGAGAUCUCAAAAUCUACUCUGUCGCUAAUCCGUUCCACCGAAAUGGAAAUACCGGAACCAGGACUACUUUCAUGUCGACUGAUGGAAUGGAACAGGUACUACGGAAUGGACUGCAGACCAAUGGCGACAUGGAAUCAGGGCAAGACAUAAACAGACACCCUUACGAUGUAGCAACACUCUCUUACACGUGA